GGUACAUUACAUGCAAGAUCGCAGCAACGAGCGCACGUCUGUUAAACUCGCUAAACCAAUUGUUUACUCUUCGCAGUUUAAACCAAACUUUCUAGUUUAGUUAAAGUACAAACAAGUUUCUUGUAUUCUUUCUACGUGUUAUCUGUUUAUUGUAAAGUGGUGUUGUAAUUAUAAAAUUUGAUAAAAAACAAAUUUUCGUCGUCGAUAAUAAUAUAAAGUGUGCGGUGUUUGAUUCGCGAGUUAGUCCUUUGUACUCUGUUCUCAUUGGCAGUAGUCGGUUUUUUUCGAAACCAAUUUCGAAGUUGCGUUUUGGGAAAAGUGUUUUGUUUUUUCAUCGAACGCGAAAAGUGUUAGAAAGUAUACACCAUGGACGUGGAGAAUGCAAACUGCAAGGUGAAGGUGUCGCAGUGCGCUGACAUGGAAGUGCUACCUAUUGAGAAGCCAUUGAAGAUUGAUGUCGAAAUUACUGGGUUAGAGAAAUUGAUUGAGGAACUACACAGGGUGUUCUCACACGACCACGUUAAUGUACAGGAUGUCCAGAAAUUGAUGGCCGGAUAUAAGUCUGAUCCUAAAGACUGGAGCAAGUUCGCUAAAUUUGACCGUUUUAGGUAAUUUUUUUACUCAAGGAACCUGGUGGACGCUGGUAACGGAGCCUUCAACAUCAUGAUCCUCUGCUGGGGCCCUGGGCAUGCAUCAGCCAUCCACGACCAUGCUGACUCUCACUGUUUCAUGAAACUCCUCAGUGGGAGCCUGGAGGAAGUUAGAUACGAAUGGCCUGAAAACGUUCAGCCGGAAGUCAUGAAGGUCUUAAACAACAACAAGCCGCGAAGAAAAUGCUGCUCAGAGAGCCAAGACUUGCCUGACAGCGUAUCCGAACUGAAAAUCAAUGACAGCUGUCAGUGUGACAGCUGUCAGAGCAAGGGUGACAGGUGUCAAGUUGACAGUGACAGGUGUCAAACGAAAAGUGACAAGUGUGGGGAGAGGAGAGAGGAUUAUGGCAGUGAUGGGGAGGAGGGCUAUGAUGCUGAGGAUAUGAAGGUCAGAGGGAGGACCAGAAUGGAAAUUAAUGAUGUCUGUUAUAUUAAUGACGCCCUCGGUCUCCACAGAGUAGAGAACCCGUCGCACGUGGACGGUGCAGUAUCCCUACAUCUCUACUGUCCCCCAUUCGACAGCUGCCGUGUAUUCGACGCUAGGACCGGCAAACCGACACAAGUUAAAGUCACUUUCUGGUCUAUGUACGGAAAGAAGAUUAAGAGGGUCAUAGAAGCAAAUGAGGCAGCUGACAGCCAGUGACGUCACCAACUAAUUUAAUUAAAAGUCACAACACUAAAACAUUCCAGUCAAUUAUUAAUUAUUUUGUCAAACAAAAAGAAAAGUCAAAACUAAAAGUUGUUGAAUAAUUUUAAAAAUUAAUUGCUAAUUAAUAUUAUUAUUAAGUUAAUUAAAUGUAACAUCUAUCUAUUAUUAAUGUAGUGUAACAUAUCGUUUAUAAAUAAAUUGUAACAUAAUUAUUUGUAAUAUUAAAUUCGUAAUGUUUGUUAUUUUUAUAUUAUAUUAUAGGUGAAGCAAAUGUCCAAAGUAAAUAUUUUUUUCUUUAUUUAAAUAAUGGUUGUUAUUUUUAAAUGUUUAGUCCACUUUUGGUCCCUCUGCCGCCAAUGUAUGUGUCCACUCUGCCUCUAAUUAUAGUGUAUUCUCGACCCCUAAGGGCUGAGAGUGGAUUUUUCAAUCACAUUAAAACGGUAGAAAGGAUCGGAAUGAAAUUUGGAACUGAGGUAGAUCAUGUUCUUAAAUAACACAUAGGUUAUUUUCUCACACGGCAAUGCAGGCGAAGCCAGGCCGAAGCUAAAACAAUGCUGUAUAUAUAGAAGUAGUUUAACCCUAAACUCAAUCGGGUGGUUUAUUCAAGUUACUUUUGAGAUUACUUUACUUAUUUUUUUUAAUGUGGUGCCAAGAUUAUUUCCUUUUAGUUUGCUACUUAGGGCAAUAGAGUUUAAAAUAUGUUAUUGUACAAUAUUGAAAUAAGAGUGUUUGUAUAUAAGGUGUUCUAAAAGUAUCUGCCACGGCUUUAAUGGGAGGUACUAAUUUUAAAGAGAAAUUAAAGAGUCAAAAAUAAAAACCAACUAGUUUAAUAAAUAAUAAUUCUGAACGGACUAAGAUUUGGAACUUGGCGCCAUAGUAACUUUUAUUCAGCUCAAAAUUACUUAUCCAAUGAUGUAACACACAUAGCUAUUGGAAGGUGGGACCAGGAUUUGCAUCCUCUUUUACCAAUCUUUAAGUCACAACUGCAGAUUUGUUUGUUCAGGUGCAGCGCUAUGCAAUGUCCUUGCAUUGUUCUUACAUUGCAAUUAUUUAUUUAUUUAUUUAGAAAAACAUGCAUAAUUUUACAGCUUAAGCCAAUACAUUAUACAGUUAAAAUGUUGAAAAUUUACAACAAAGAAAAAAAAAGAAAUACAAUAUUUUUAAUUACUUAAAACUAAUUCAUCAGCCAUCCAUCUUCUCACAAAACCUUAAACAUUCACGACAUACAUCCUUCCAUCUCGCUGCGAACAAAUCAAACUCUGGUGCGGACGCCAAGAGAGCAUUGAUCAUCGUCAAUGCACGAACGAGUGGAGAAUUUGCAUGCGCGACUGUUCGUUAUGUGCAUACAGAUAUCAGAGAAAUUGUAGACAUAUAAUAUUAUUUUAAAAGAGUAACUAAGAGAGUUUAUUUCUCGUUCUUCUCCUUUGAAGCUACACUUUGGAACGAGCAACUAGCUUCAUUGACGGACAGACUGACAGACUAUUAUUUAUUUCUUCAUUUGUUGACAUUUCAAAAGUACCUAUUUAUGGUUUAAUCUAGGAAUAAAUGAUUUCACUGUACAUUAUGGAUACAUUAAAGUAAUUUGAAUUGAUUUGUUUUGGCUAAGUAACUCUUAGUUAAGAGGUGGUUUAGGGUUAUGGUGAAAACGAGCAAAAGUAAGUCAAAAGAAAAAAGUCAUUGUGUCAUUCAAAAAUGAACCUUAUAUACAAAGUAAAAGGGACCCCUAAUGAAAAGCAAGUGUAUAUUAAAAAAUAAUUUAAUAUAAUUUAAAUUGUGCCUUAUUUAAUUUUAGACUAGGAUAAACUUAACUUAAGACAUUAAUUACGCUAGAAACUGAGUGAAAUUGACAAUUUCAUAUUUAUAUUUCUUCUACGAUACAUUUACAAAAAUAAAAUAUUAUUUUCUGCAAUAAAAAA